AGAAGGUUAUGUGACCAUCACCACAUGUUAACAUGAUGUUUUGCACGCUAUUGUAGAUCCAGGGUAAGAGAGAAAGAUAGAGUUAGAGAAAUCAGCUGUGAAUGUGAAUUGGUUUCGUGUUUGAUCAGAUAUUCAGAAUACGUAAUUAAUUGAGUUUGAAAAUAAAUAUAUUUUAAUGGAGAAUUCUUGUGAUCAUCACGAUGAAGAUAAAUUCCUAGCAUCAAAAACAUGGAAUAAAAUAAUUGAUUCAGCUUCAAAGAUAGGAUAUAGAGAAGGUAUUGAAGAUGGUUCUUCCACAGUUUUUCAAGAUGGUUUUGACAGAGGUUAUAGAGAUGGUUUUAAAACAGCAUUUCUCUUAGGCACUUACAAAGGUAUUUCUGAUCAAUUAACAAAAAAAUUGAAACAUCCAGAAGAAAUAGAAAAUAUUUUAUCAGAUACCAAAAAAAGUGUAUGCUACUUGUGCGAAACACAAAGUUCUGCAGAUAAAUCUUCAGAGUCGAUUGUUGAAGUUGAGAACUGUCAAAGUGAACAUUACAAUAAAAUCUCAAAAAUCUUGCAAGACUAUUUUGAUCCUAUAUUAAAAGUAAAUAGUAUUAAUCCUAGUAUGUUAAAUGUGCAUACUUGAUUUUAUAA